AAAACUCGCAAGUCGAUGUCAUGAGACAGGUCACGAUAUCAAAUUGAGUCUCUCCAAGCUCGAGUACCCACACCGGAAAUUGGACUUCAACAUGGGCGAACAAAUUCUCGAUCCCUUUGUGCGACCCGAGUUUGACCCUAUUCCACCUUUGCAAGGAAGCCUGCGCCCAUCAACCUCGAUUCAUGAUCCCAUCACGACCCUCCCUGACCUGAUACGUUUCAACGCAAGACAUAACAAGGAUGGAAUCUUUUGCAAGCAGGCAGAAAUCAGCACCGGUUUGGGCGACCAAACAGAGCAAGCCGCUGGUCGCUUUGGGAUCCGUCGCAUCUCCUAUUACGAACUCCAUGCAGCCGUGAAAGCAUGUGGGAAUGGGAUCUGUGAAUCGCUUCAAAUCCAACAACAAGCUACGGUAAACGAUAGGCCAGUGGCCUUGUAUAUGGAGAGCGAUGUCGGUCUCUUCAUCCAUUUGGCCGCUCUGCUUGACUUGAAGAUUCCUGUAAGUUUACUUGCGUAGUUGCCUUUACCUUCAAGCUCACCCUUCCAAGUUCCGACCAUGUCUUACAAUCUCUGAUCCCGAGAAUCAACCCAGGUUCUCCUGAUA